UGCAACAAUGUUUGUUUACAUGUUAUAAUUACUGCAGUGAGAGCAGUGGUGUAGUUACUAGUGAUCAAAAAUGUAUAAGUUACAAUUGGCAUUUAUUUUAAUAAUAUCAGCCAUUAAUGCUGAUAUGAUUGAAGUACUUGGAAGGAAAGGAGCGACUCUGAAACCCAUAUCUGCAUGCUGUAAUAUACCAGAGUUGGGCUCUCCAAAGCCAUUGUCUGAAUGUUCCAAUCCAAAGUUACCAGGUCCUUGUCGUGACGUACAAUGUGUAUUCGACAAGUCUGGAUUUUUGACCAACCAGAACACAUUGAACAAGGAAGCCUACAGAAAUCACUUGUUGCAAUUUGCCGACAAGCACAAGGACUGGUCGAGUGCCAUCAACAAGGCUAUAGAGGAUUGUGUCGAUAAAGAUGUUAGACAAUAUCUUACCGAACCUUGCAAGGCGUAUGACGUGUUUACAUGUACAGGAAUUGCUAUGCUGAAGGUGAUUAUAUUUUAAUAAAUAAAUAGUUAU